AGCGGAUAGUGGCUGGCAGGGCUAGUGGUACUAGUUUUUCUUUUGUUUUUGUUUUUCUGAUCUGCAAAGGUUUUCGGUGCUCGGUGCUUCUCGCUGCCAACGGAGAUAACAUUCCAGCGAGAGACCUCCGCCAGAUGAAGAGGAAAGAGUCGGAUCGCAAAUGACGACCACCAAGGCGCGGAUCUAUCUGCGGUUUACAUAGCGGCGCGUUCGUGUGGUAGUGGACCGUAGCAGCAUUUUUGGGCUCACACGAACGACUUCAAUGCGCACUUGCAUCUGGAAGACGAAACUCGAAAAAACCGAUCGCAAUAUUCUGCCAUAGCAUCCAAAUACGCGGCGGUGGUGUGUUGCAUAAGAUUCAGCUCGGUGUCUGGUUGGUGUUUGUUUUAUUGCUGCUCAAAAGUGUGUGACGAAAAUGUCCUACCAGUGUAAGAAUUGUGAACGCGAGAAGGAUCAGAACAACAACUAUGUGAAUGCGACCUACGCGGCCAACGCGAACGGAACUCGUGGCAGUCGGGCCAGUUCCGCGCGAUCCGGAGUCGACCAGAGACUGCCCAGAAAUACCAGCGGUGGCCUGAACAACGAGGCCACUGCCGGUGGUGGCACACCGCAGGGGACCGGUUCCGGAAGUGGUGCCACCCAGGUGACGGCCAAAGUGAUGUGGGGCAGCGUCGGAGCGAUCAAAGAACUUCGCGAGAAAGAACAAGCCGAACGAAAUCAGGUCACCAGGGCCGGGCGUCGGCAGUAG